AAAAUUCGCAUAAACAUCACAGAAAAAAUGGUCAUUAAUAUUUCUGUCACACCAAAGUUACUAUUGGCGAUAACGGGGUUAAACUUGUUCGAAGAUAAAUUCGUUAUCGCCAAUACGUUGUUCACCUUGGAAAUGUUCUCUCCGCCAGGAACCUUUAUAAGUCCCCAUUCGCUGACCAUUUUUGUGUCUCCAUCUUAUUUCACGGAAUAAUUUUUAUUCGAAUGUCGGACGAGGAAAAGCAGGCUGUGAGCUGCGAAAAUGGAGUCUGGACGCGAGGUAUCGAUCCACCAGGUACUUCUUGGCAGAAGUUUGGAGGGACACUGCUAAAUCACAUGAAGAAUGCUCCGGAGCACGUGGGACAAAUCGAUGGCAACACCGGCGAGGAAGAUACCUACGCCUCCAUGUCGGAUCGGGCUAUCCGAUGUGCCCUGUGGCUCAAAAAACAGGGCCUUAAGGCAGGAGAUUGCAUUGGAAUCUGCACCGAUAAUCAUUUGAACACCAUCACCCCGCUUCUAGCCGCAAUAUUCAGUGGAAUUGUUUUCCAUCCCUGGUGGGAUAUGCUUCUAGACGAUGACAUGGUGAAAUACUUUUUGAGAUUGACAGAACCCAAAGUCCUCUUCCUCAAAAAGGAGGUAUCCGCGCUAGUUCAGAGAUCUAUCAACGACCUCCAUCUGGAAAUUAAAAUUGUGAUAUUUGAAAGCUCAGAAAAUCAGCUGUCUUUACAAGACAUUCUCAUGGAACAGAACUCCGAAGAGGUCGAGCAUUUCGAAUGCACGAAGAUUGAGGACAUAAAUCAGCCAGGAAUCAUGCUGUGCACGUCGGGAAGCACUGGAUAUCCCAAGUGCGUUGUUCAUUCCUACAACUGGCUGGAGAAAUGCAUAAAUAUAUUUCCGAAGGAAAAACCCACUGAAUGGAUCUCGUUAUGUUUCUCGAAAAUCUGUUGGAUUGCCGCUAUCGCCCUUUUCCUCGAUGCAAUCAGAAAUCAUGGUACAGUUGUGUUAAACUCAGUGUUCACAGCUGAAAAUGGAUGUCGAUUGAUUGAGAAGUAUAAAAUAACAUUCAUGACAAUGACAGCGGCAAUCGCCAACCAAUUUUACAAGACCGAAAACAUCAAGACUCGCGACUUGUCGUCCCUGAGGUAUGUUAUAUAUGGAGGUGCUUGUGUCUCUGAGCGAGUGGAUCGACAUUUGGCAGAGAUAUUUCCAAAUGCAUAUGUGUCUCUCUCAUACGGCUCAACAGAAAUAGGCAUAUGCCUGCGCCGGAGUAAACCCGCGCGCAAGUUCUGCAGCAGUGGACGUGUUGAAAGAAACUUACAAGUCAAAGUAGUUGAUAUAGAAACUGGGAAAACGUGUGGUGAGAAUGAGAAAGGCGAAAUUUAUAUCAAAGCGCCACAAAUGAAGAUCUUUCAUUACCACAAAGACGUGGAGGGUACCCAGAAGGUUUUAGACUCUGAAGGUUGGUACCACUCAGGUGACAUCGGCUACCACGAUGCUGACGGUGAUUUCUUCAUCAUCGAUCGUCUCAAAGAAGUCAUCAAGUACAAAAUAACAUUUCCAGUAAUGCCAUGCGCGGUUGAAGAAGUUAUUCUAAAGCAUCCGGAUGUCAUUGAAGUGGCAGUUGUAGCUAAGCCCCACGUGUAUGACGUAGAGCAGCCAAUGGCUUUUAUUACACUACGCGCUGGCUCCAAAGUAACUGAAGAAGAAGUUCUCCAACUCGUUCGGGAUAAUUUACCCGACCAUAUGAGACUCAGGGGAGGUGUCAAGAUUCUAGACAUAAUGCCUCAUGUUGUCUCAGGAAAAAUUUCGAGAAAACAACUACGAGAAAUGGCAAAGGCCCUCGCCGAGGAAACGUAUUAGAUUUAUUCAAAAAUAUUUGGAGAAUCAUUCACUCAAUUUGAUGUGCUAUACAUUCACCCGAAAAAUGGUGCAGUAUAAUAGAACAGAAAAUCUUUAAUUUCUCUACGUGAGAAUUGAAAAGAAAUUUAAUAAUUUUAUCUUUUCCUAUCGACUAAUCAAUCUGAAUAAUUCCACUGAAAUAUCAACAAUGAACGCGUUGAAUCCCCCACUGCGGACAAUUCCACACAUUAUGCCUUGAAAUACUAUAACAUUAACUAAAAUCGCCGUAUCAUUGUUGUGCAGCAUUACAAAGCGAAUUGUUAUAAUUUCUUGUGAUGAUUGCUCCCAAUAGCACGAUAGCAGCUGCUGUCAUUACGCAAUAAAGUACUACUAGAGUUGGUGUAGUUUUUAUAAAUUCA